CAACGGCGGCGGCGGCGGCGGCAGCAGUCUUCGUCUGCUCUCUCCCCAACCAGGUCAAAUCUACCCCUCAUCUCCUCACCUUACCCUAGCAUCCGCACGGGACACGGAUCCAACCCCUCGCCCCUCCCCUCUGCUAAUGGGAAUUUGGAUCUAGAACCCUAGUCCUCUUCUGCCGAAGCGCACGCGGCGCGGCGGUGAUACUGGCGAUGGAGGUGGCCAAGUCCCCAAAUCUGGAACAGUCGGGUGUUCAAAUGGAUGGCGAGCUACCGACGCUUGCAGCGGAUAAUCACAUUGAGCAAGUGACAGGAGCUGUUCCCACAGCCAAUCCCAGAGGAGUUGUCAUGACAGGAAAGGUUGCGAAAUCCAACAAUUCAGGGAAGAUCGCAGAGAACCCCACAAACAAGAGAGUGAUAUAUAUUGUAGCUGGCGAUGAUGGUUCCCAUGUACCCACCUUGCGCCAAGUAAAGCUGCAUGGAGAAAAGGCCACUAAGAGUGACGCAAAAACUAUAGCAGCCGCUGCACGCAACUUGUUUGAGGGCGCUGCUGGCAAACAACCAGUGAGACGAGGAACAGUACACCUGAGCAGUGAUAUUUGUCAGGAACAAUCAACAGAGGUCAUUGAUGAAGAUGCAGAAAGGAUAUCGGCAGUUAAAUUCGAGAAAAGUACCAACUCCGUGGACCAUUCACUGCAGAAUGCUCAAGAGCAAAAUGUGUUGCAUGAUGUUAUGGAAAUAAAUGAAACAUCUAGCAGCGAUACAAGCAGUGAAAGCGACUUAGACAGCAGCUCAGGCAGUGAGUCAGAAAAAGAAACAGGGAGGUUCUUCUAUCCUAGUCCUGAGGUACUGGAUAUUGCAAAGCAACCAGAGGUUGGAAUGAAAUUCCCAACCCUCGAAUAUGCACACGAGUUCUAUAACACAUAUGCUCUCCAAACUGGUUUUGUGGCAGUUAGGGGAAGAAAUUACAAGAGACAGAAGUUUCAGCUAGACUGCAACAGGAGUGGCAAAGGAAGGCUAGUUGACAACCCUAACAGGCAGAGGAAGAGGAAAAGAAAUAUUAUACAGAAGACAAAUUGCCAAGCAAAGGUGAUAGUGAAGCUUGUUAAUGGACAAUGGGAGCUCACAGCAGUUCAGAAUGAGCAUAACCAUCCUUUAUGUCCAAGCCCUUCGUUUGCUAAAUUCUUACUGAGCAAAAAACACAUGUCAGCUGAAGAAAGGUCAUUUUCAAGAGUUCUUCAACAAAGUAGGGUACCUCCCAAAAAAAUUAUGAAGAUUAUAAAAAGAAUGAGAGGAAGCUUUGGGAAAAUACCAUCAGAAGAAAAACAGGCAGGCAAUGUGCAGACUGCAGAACAACGGAGAAAAGCAAACUCAGAUGUUGAGAAAACAUUGAACCGCUUCAUGGAAUUGCAGCUCCGGGACCCCUGUUUUUUCUACACUAUGCAAAAAGAUGGAGACAACAUAGUUAGGAGUAUUUUCUGGACUAAUGCAAGGUCAAGGAUGGAUUAUGAGACCUUUGGUGAUUUCAUAUCAUUUGAUACCACCUGUAGCACAAAUAGGCACAAUAUGCCUUUCACUCCUAUCGUUGGUAUAAAUAACUAUGGAAGAACAAUCGUGUUAGGAUGUGCCUUGCUGCAAGAUCAGAGAGCUGAAACCUACAAAUGGAUGUUACAUACUUUUUUGCAAGAGAUGGGAGGUAACAUGCCAAGAGUAAUCAUAACAAACCAGGAUGAAGACAUGGCAAAAGCAAUUGCAGAGGUCAUGCCACAAGUGAGGCACCGGUUUUGCAAAUGGGAUGUAAUGGGGAAAGCACAGGAAAAGCUAGCAGCAUUGGCAGCAAGGGGCAACAUAAAAGGAGAGCUGGAUAACUUAGUUGACAAUUCACUGAUAGAAACAGAAUUUGAAGAAGGAUGGAGUGCACUCAUCGAGAGAUAUGAUGCAAGUGAAAAUGAGUACCUACAAUUCAUGUGGCAAACAAGGAAAAAGUGGGCGCCUGUUUAUUUCAGAGAAGAUUUCUAUCCUUUUAUCGCGUCAGCUGGAGGUAGCCAGGGGACAAUCUCAUUAUUCAAAGGGAAUGUGCUUCCCAAGGAUAGAAUAGAGAAGUUCAUAGAAAAAUAUGAGGAGAUUCAAGAUAUGAUAAUAAAAAUGGAUGAGGAAGAUGGAUUACAAUCUGGAACAGAACCUUCAUGCUUCUCAUUGCAGCCAAUAGAAAGGCAUGCAGCACAUAUUUACACAAGGCAAAUAUUUCUGAAAGUGCAGAAGGAACUGCUUCAUUCUACAGCAUUCAAAGUGCAGGAGAUACAAAGGGAUGCUUCGUAUAGACUGGACAAGGUUUUCAAUUAUGAGAACCCAGAGUAUGAUAGAAAUUCAUUCGAAGUGCUAGUUGAACCUGGCACCAAUGUAUUCAAUUGCCAAUGCGCGAAAUUUUCCAGGGAUGGAAUACUGUGCUGCCACAUAUUCAGACUUCUCACACAGUUUGGAAUCUGUGAAAUACCAGAAAAAUACAUAGUGCCCAGAUGGACUGACAAGUAUGAUGAACAGCUAAAACAGUACAAGGAAAAAUGCUUGGAGAUACAACAGUCAGAUAAUACAAUGAGAUAUGCAAUGUUAAUGAGUAAAGUGUCUGACAUUGGCAAACAAAUAUGCGGUGAUAGUGCAAAAUGCAACAUGCUCAUGGUGGAGUUAGACAAGAUUCAAGAAAAAAUGGCAGCGAUGACAGUUGAAAAUCUGGAAAAUAAUCACUGUUAGUACAUGCUGAGCUUUGGCAGCAGUGGCACAAAUGUGGCUUGUAAGGUAUGGUGGAGGCUUACUGUGUGGUGGCAAGGAUGUUCAGUAGCAAGAUGCUGUUUUGAAUGCUGAAAGAGAAACCAGGAGAAGUCUGUAGAUAGUUAGGGUAGUCAAUCAAUUAAUCGUGUGCUGGCCCAGGAGGAGGACCCUGUCCACAAUGUAGAAUGGUUGGUAAGGUUUGUUUUGCCUAGGUAAGAUAAUGAUAAGAGUCCAUGAGAACUAGGUAGUCUUAUUCAUGACAUGUUAACUAUUCAGGUAGUGCCAUCAUGAUUCUGUUAGCACCUGCGGUUCAUGUGAUCUAUUCUUUUGGUCGCGCUAAAUAUGUUGCCUGAUGCACACACAGAUUCAGUAUUUUUAUCCAAUAUUUUGUUUA